CGUGAACAAUUGGUCCGACACUCGAAUCACUUCUCUUCGGCGCUCCUGUUUCUUUCUUGCCUACCUCCAUCCGACACUUCAUUCGUGAACACUCAACACGUAAAUACACAACGAACAGAUUCAGCCGCGAAGAUGAGCCAAUACUCUGCAUCCGUUCCAGCCGAUGGCACAGUGAAGCCUGAGAUCAGAAGCUUUUUCGAGAACUUCUACGCCAUUUCAGAUACUCCCGAUGGACAUGAGCGAUACGCAGAUCAAUUUACGAAUGAUGGCGUUCUUAUCAUGGCGUCGAACAAAGUGCAAGGAAGAGACAGCAUCAUUAAGAUGCGACAUGGCAUGUGGGAGAAGGUCGCCAAACGUUCACACAAGCCUGCUCAACUGUAUGCUUUCGGAUCGGGUUCAGACGAUAUUAUGCUCUAUGGAACUGUCGAUUACACGCUCAAGGACGGCCGAGGCACCACUGUCGAUUGGUCUGCACGAGCGCACUUUUCGCAGGUUGGUGGAGAGUUGAAAAUGGACUUCUAUCAGGUCUACUUGGACACUGCAGCAAUGGCAAACGCUAAGUAAAUGUAAUGGACGGGCGCUGUGAAGUAAAUGAACACUCAAGGCUCGUUGAUAAUGUGAUGACACCGAGCACCUCACGGACAAUGGAAACCAAGAAAGAGGGUCAAUGUUCAGU